UUUUGCAAUGAAUAUACUUAGCACGCAUAUCCUCUAUUAUCAAGAACUAAGUGAUUUUGAUGUUAAAGGUGAUGAUAUACCUGCUGAUCUUGUCGUGAAACCAUACAAGGAGAAGAUUUGUCAUGACUCAAAGUUUUGGGAUAUCAUUCUACAUGAAAAGGUCCCAGUUGUAACAAGUCUUAUAGCAGUCAUGGGUUUGCCUAACUGUGGAAAGACAAAAGUUUUGGAAUCGGUUCUCAAACAAAAAAUAGAAUUAAAGGAUGGGGCAGAAUUAGGGAUUCAUUAUUAUUUAAACAGAAAGAGAGACGAGAAUUGUCUGUCAAUAUAUGAUUUAUGUGCCCUUGGCAGCUCACAGCACAAUAAAUAUGCCUGGUCAUUUGCUACCAAUCGUCAUGGGGCAAUUUAUUCAAUUCUUUGCAGGCUCAUUUGUCUAACCCCAUGUGUAGCAGACAUAGAAUUUGAAGUUACUAAUCAAGCACCAAAAUCUGUCAUGGAUAGGCAUGUUCGAUGGCUAAUGAGGAAAACCAAAAGUUUACUUCAGAAUAUUAAAGAUGAGCCUGGCAAGCUGGCCCUGAUUCAAGAUGGAGUUUCUCUUAUUAACGUAAUUGAUGUUGGUGUCAAUAAAGCUCUUUACGAAUUCUUAUCAAUUAUGUUACUGUCUUGUCACAGACACAUUCGUCUAGCUUUCUUUUCUCUGAAUAGAGAUGCACCUAAUCUUCAAGAAAGACCCGACUUACCUUCUGAUUGUUAUGGGAAGAGAAAAGAUGAUGUAUUAGUUAUGCAGCACAGGUCACGACUUACAUAUCUCCUUCAUUUUGCUACAGUUGGUUACACUCAGCAGCAGUGGCAUGGAGAAGAAGUGCAAAAUGCCACAGUUAUGAUUGCAACAACAACAGAUUCUACAAAUGAUUCUUCAUCAGAUCAAGCCAAGGACAAAAUCAUUCAAGAAGCACAAUCACGGGGUGUAGACCAGUUCUUAAAAAAAUGGUUACAAGUUGAUGUUAAUGCCAGUCACUCUGUAGCAGAAUUCAGAAAAAAGAUAGAAGACCUAGUAGAACAUAAGUACAAGCAGCGUAUGAUGUGGUUCCCUCUCAAAUGGAUAGUCCUGAGGAGUCUAGUGGUAUCGCUUGACAGUAGGGGAAUGAAUGUUAUGAUUCUACCAAGGAGCUUCAUUAUACAUAAAGCAAAAGAGCUUAAGAUGACAGAGAAAGAGGUUGAUGAAUUUUUAAAAGCAUUCACAGAUUUUGGCAGCAUUCUUUACAUGCCUCAGUAUGAUGAUAUUAAAGAUAUUGUCAUUGUCAAUAUUUGGGAGUUCACUCAGUACCUAAACAAACUUUAUUAUCCUCAGGAAGGAGAACCGUAUGCUCCAAAUUUGCUAAAGUACGGAAUCGUAUCAGAAUCAUUUGUAAAAAGAAUCUUUUGCAAGCAUCCUGAGAGUGCUGAAGAUUUUUUGACAAUUCUUACAACAAUUGCAAUGGCCUCUAAAAUCAAAAGUGGUUUGUUUAUUCUCAUCAACAACCAGAAGCAAAAUAAUGAGGUACACUAUUAUUUACUGUUAGCAAGAAUCCAUGCAGAAUAUACACCAUCAGAAGAGGAGAAUGAUUAUGCUUUCAUUGAGAUAAAGAGUGUCAACUUCCCAGCCAAUGUACAAGCUGGCAUUAGCAAUGCCAUUAUGGAUAAUAAUGAUGAUGCUGUUCUUAUUGCCACAGAAUAUAGCAAUGUCUCAUGAUUUUUAUUCCAAUCUGAGAGUGGUCCUCCUAUUACAAUAGAGAUGGUAUAUAAAGGAAGCAAAACAAGGUUAAGAAUAAUGAACAGCUUUAAUGACACAUCUCCAGCAACCAUAGUUGAAGCAUGUUACAAAGUAAUCACUGCUUCGUGUCGAUGUCUUCAAAAAAAAUUAAUACAAUACGAGACCUCAAAUAUAGUUUUGCUGUUCCCUGCUGUAAAUCUCCUGAUGAUAAAUGUCACUAUCUAUUUUAUGAGCAUGACCCUGAAUUCUGUGAUGCCUGUCCUACUGAGAAUAAUUUUAGAUUAUACUGGAGUUUGGCAUCAAAACAGUGUGAAUUGCUAGGGAAAGAUAGUGAAGCAAGAAUGGAUAGAGAUAAUCUACUGAAAUCCCAGGAUAUUUCUAGUCUUAUUACAGAUGAUUAUGAUUUUAAUGCCUUAAGAAGAGCUCUGAACAUUGUGGAUGAUAGCGGUCUAUUGCCUGAAGUGAGUAGUUCAGAGGGCAAAAAGAAGGCCUUGAUGUUGAUGCUGCUGUUGUGGGAAAAACAAACAGACCAGUCUACUAAACAUGCCCUCUUGAAUUUACUGAGGACAGAUGGGUGCUAUAGUAUUGCUAAGAAACUUGAAAUGCUCAUCACCGAACUUAAUUAAAAUUAAUAGAAUUGCACAUACACUCACUAAAUCUAGUUUUUUAAAAAAUUUUUUAGAUCAUUCUUUUAAUGCAUUAUA